UGAUGUUAUCACUGUAUGGAUAAGAUACAGUUAGUAUGAUUCAACGUUGUGUUUUUGUAGGAUCAUUGAUGAGAUGCUCUGUUCAGGGAAGAACGCGCGUUGUAGUACGUUGUUAUGUCCCGUUAUCAUAUCAGAGGCAUCGCAUCACAUCAUUGUUCCACAUCAUCGAAUCGGAAGCUUGAGCGUUGCGUGACGUCAGCGCGGCAAACAGAGCCAGCGUUAGCGGCUGUUCAGGCGCCGUUAGUGGCUGAUAUGCAGACAGUAGGGGCUCAGGUACAUUUGCUCACCAAGACUGUGCGAAAGUACAUGUGCCUCUACACGUACCCAUCAAAUGCUCAACAUGGAAGCUCCAUGUAUGAACGAGGGUCUGCCUAUGCCGAUAAUUGUGUGAUAAUACUCUUUCUUGUUAUUCUUUUAUUUAUUUGGCUUUGUUAAUUCUCCUUCAAGCAUUGCAUUGGAUUAUGUACAUUAUCCCAGCCAUAUCUACUGUACGGAGUACCAAGCCACCAGCUCAUGUAAGCCGC